AUGCCUCUCUGGGAGGACCUGCGAGAACACUUCCGCGGCCGUGUGUGCAUACCCGGUGUCGUCUACAGUGAAGAGUUGCGUGUGAGCCAACGUGAGGGCAUACGCAACGCCGAAAUUCCACAAACGGCAGAAUCGACUGCAUGGCGCGGCGGGCUCCGCAAUGUUCGCAUGUCAACAGCCCCUGCGCUGCUGUUGCGAUCGGCGGCGUCGGCGGCGGACGUGGAGGGGCCAGCGACGGUGCCGUACACAUUCGCUGAACGUGUUGGAAUCGUGCCGGUCCAUCCCGCGCGUGUGCGGCCGCGGCCGUAUUAUCAUCCCACGACGGACUUUGGCCUCUACGACUAUGAUGAGAUAUCGCCGGAGGAGAAGGCCCUCACCGCGCGUUGGAUGGCAAAGGUGUUUGAGUUCAACAGCGCCGUCCCACUGGGCGUGCUCUGCGCUACCGGGUGUAUUGUGCUCCCACUCCACAGUGUGUACCGCAUGCCGCUGCUCGUCGCCGCCGGGGCUACGGGCGUCGUUGCGGAGAUCACACGGGCGUACAUGUCCGCCGCACCUGAACGGCAGGAUUUGGAUGACUUCAUCCUCGCAAAAGAAAUUUGGUAUAUCAAAAAUGUUGAGACAUAUCAGUUAGACAUCCCACGCAUCCCAAAGGGGCGUGAGGCGGAGUACCAUGCUUACUUGGAUGGCUCCAUUUCGACAGUCCAACAGUUGCCAGAUGAACUGGUGGAUGCUCUUCACUAA